AUGUCAGGCCAUGCCCUAUUUCUCACGGUUGCCUUCCUUCUGUGCGCCGCCGAGUGCCGCCUCGUCCAGGCAUGGAAGAAGUCGUACGUGGUGUACCUCGGAGCACACAUGUACGGUCGCGACGCCUCGGUGGAGGAUCACGCGCGCGCCACGGAGUCGCAUCAUGAACUGCUGGGAUCGGUUCUUGGGAGCAAGCAGAUGGCAAGGGAUGCGAUUUUCUACUCCUACACCAAGAACAUCAAUGGCUUCGCGGCGUAUUUGGACGAGGAAGUAGCAACGCAGAUGGCAAGGCACCCAGAGGUGGUAACGGUGAUGGAGAGCAAGAUGUUAAAACUACACACGACGAGGUCCUGGGACUUCAUGGAUAUGGAAAGGGACGGCCAGAUCCUCCCGGACUCCAUCUGGAAGCACGCAAAGUUCGGCCAGAACAUCAUCAUCGCUAACCUCGACAGUGGUGUGUGGCCAGAGUCCAACAGCUUCAGCGACGAGGGCAUGGAGGAGGUACCCAGGCGCUGGAAGGGUUCUUGCUCCGACAGCGCCAAGUAUGGAGUGCCUUGCAACAAGAAGCUGAUCGGCGCCAACUCUUUCUUCCACGAGCCCGUCACACUCGGCUCCCUCCACGCCACUAUCCACGGCGCCUCAGUGGUCUGCUCCGCGGGGAACUCCGGGCCAUUCGAGGACACAGUCGUCAACGCCGCGCCAUGGGUCACCACCGUUGCCGCCAGCACCGUCGACAGGGACUUCCCCAACCAGAUCACCCUCGGCAACAGCGCGCACAUGAAGGGGAUGAGCCUCGAGUCCUCCGAUCUGCACUCCGACAAGCUCUUCCCGGUCAUCAACGCCAGCAGCGCCGCGCUCCCAAAUUGUACAGUCAACCUCGCGUCCAGCUGCGCGAUGGGAUGCCUUGACCCAGGCAAGGUGAAGGGCAAGAUCGUGGUGUGCGUCCGAGGCGGGGAUAUUCCGCGGGUGAUGAAGGGAAUGGCAGUCCUGAGCGCUGGCGGCGCCGGGAUGAUCCUAGCCAACGGCGAGAUGGACGGCAACGACGUCGAAGCCGAUCCGCACGUGCUCCCGGCAACUAUGAUCACGUACAGUGAGGCCGUAUCGCUGUACAAGUACAUGGCCUCAUCGUCGGAACCGGUGGCCAACAUCUCUCCUUCCAAGACGGAGCUCGGAGUCAAGAACUCGCCGUCCAUGGCUGCCUUUUCCUCCCGUGGGCCCAGCGGGACGCUGCCCUACGUGCUCAAGCCGGACAUUGCCGCGCCUGGGGUGGACAUACUUGCCGCGUUCACCGAGUAUGUCAGCCCGACGGAGGUGGCAGCCGACAAGCGCCGGUCGGAAUACGCUAUCAUGUCAGGGACGUCCAUGGCGUGCCCGCACGUGUCGGGCGUCAUCGGGCUCCUCAAGGCGGCGCGUCCGGAAUGGAGCCCUGCCGCGAUGCGGUCCGCGAUCAUGACCACCGCGCGCACCCAGGACAACACCGGCGCGCCGAUGCGCGAGCAGGACGGAAAGGAGGCCACCGCGUUCGCCUACGGCGCUGGCAACGUGCAUCCGAACCGCGCCGUCGACCCUGGCCUCGUUUACGACGUCACUCCUAACGACUACUUCACAUUCCUCUGCUCCCUGGGUUUUACCACCAAGGAUCUGAGCCGGCUCAGCGCCGGCAAGUUCGCCUGCCCAGCCAAGCCGCCGCCGAUUGAGGACCUUAACUACCCGUCCAUCGUGGUUCCGGAGCUGCGCCACACAAUGACGGUCAAGCGGCGGCUCAAAAACGUCGGCCGGUUUGGGACGUACCGCGCUUCUUGGCGUGCGCCGUUUGGGAUCAACAUGACUGUGGACCCGACGGUGUUGGUCUUCCAGAAGACCGGCGAGGAGAAGGAAUUCAAGGUGACGGUGACGUCACAGAAGGACAAACUCGGGAGGGGCUACGUCUUCGGGAAGCUAGUCUGGUCUGAUGGCGUCCAUUAUGUCAGGAGCCCAGUCGUGGUUAACGCCCUGGAUUGA